UGGAGUGUGCCUAGUGUGGGUUGACCUCAGUGUUGUGAAAUUUCAUUGGACGUGGCCGAGCACAACAAACUACAUAAAACACAAGAUUAUCCAUGUGUGUGUGUGAGUGAACCAAGAGGGAGCAUGCUGACAGCACACAGGGCAGCGCUGGCUGCCGGCCGCCUGGCUGCAGCUUCUGCCUCUUCACCCUUCGCACAUUAUGCUCAAAUUCAUACUUCAGUAUCACGUCAGGACCAGGUCGGACUGCAUCCUGAGUGGGCCAGCCUGGCUCAGAAACAGCUGAAGGGAAAGAACCCAGACGAUCUCAUCUGGCGCACACCUGAGGGAAUCAACAUCAAGCCAGUAUACACUAAGGCAGACUCAGAAGGAAACGCUGAUGAACUGCCUGGAGUGUUCCCCUACACCAGAGGGCCCUAUCCCACCAUGUACACCUACAGACCAUGGACCAUCAGACAGUAUGCUGGUUUCAGCACCGUGGAGGAGAGCAACAAGUUCUAUAAAGAUAACAUUAAAGCUGGUCAGCAGGGUCUCUCUGUAGCUUUUGACCUCCCGACACACCGCGGGUAUGACUCGGACAACCCCAGAGUCCACGGGGACGUCGGCAUGGCUGGAGUCGCUAUCGACACGGUGGAGGACAUGAAGAUGCUGUUUGAUGGAAUCCCCCUGGAGAAGAUGUCCGUGUCAAUGACAAUGAACGGAGCCGUUAUCCCAGUGCUGGCCAUGUUUAUCGUGACCGGAGAGGAGCAGGGGGUGCCUAAAGAAAAACUAACGGGCACAAUUCAGAAUGAUAUUUUAAAGGAGUUCAUGGUCCGCAAUACGUAUAUCUUCCCGCCGGAACCUUCUAUGCACGCCAUUGCUGACAUUUUUGCGUACACCUCCAAGCACAUGCCCAAGUUUAACUCCAUAUCCAUCAGUGGCUACCAUCUUCAGGAGGCCGGAGCCGAUGCCAUCCUAGAGGUAGCUUACACCAUUGCUAAUGGCCUGGAGUACUGCCGGACUGGUCUGAAAGCAGGCUUAACCAUUGACGAGUUUGCUCCAAGAUUGUCCUUUUUCUGGGGCAUAGGGAUGAAUUUCUACAUGGAAAUAGCCAAGCUGAGAGCAGCCAGGAGGUUGUGGGCCACUCUGCUGAAACAAAACUUCCAGCCCAAGAAUGCCAAGUCUCUCCUCCUGCGCACCCACUGCCAGACUUCAGGCUGGUCUCUCACAGAGCAAGAUCCGUACAACAAUGUGAUCCGUACGGUGAUUGAAGCCAUGGCUGCUGUGUUUGGGGGCACCCAGUCGCUACAUACAAACUCCUUUGAUGAAGCUCUGGGGUUACCAACUGUGAAGAGUGCCCGCAUCGCCAGGAACACCCAGAUUAUCAUCCAAGAAGAGUCGGGCAUCCCCAAAGUGGCUGAUCCCUGGGGGGGCUCGCACAUGAUGGAAGCUCUAACUAACGAUGUUUAUAAUGCAGCUCUGAAGUUCAUUGAAGAAAUCGAAGAGAUGGGAGGCAUGGCCAGAGCUGUGGCAGAGGGCAUUCCAAAACUUCGAAUCGAGGAAUGUGCUGCACGAAGACAGGCUCGCAUUGACUCAGGGUCGGAGGUCAUCGUUGGGGUGAACAAGUACCGUCUGGAGAAGGAGGAGACUGUGGAGGUUCUCGCCAUCGAUAACACUGCUGUACGCCAGAAACAGAUCGACAAACUGAGUAAGGUGAAGGAGAGUCGGGAUCGUGAAGCAGCCAAGAGGUGCCUGGCAGCUAUAGAGAAGUGUGCUCAGACCAAAGAGGGCAACCUUCUAGCCUUGGCUGUGGAGGCAGCACGAGCCAGAUGCUCUGUUGGUGAAAUCACUGACGCCAUGAAGAAAGUGUUUGGUGAGCACAAGGCCAGCACCAGGAUGGUGAGCGGCGCCUAUCGCAGUGAGUUUGGAGAACAUGAUGAGAUCACCCUGGUCAACAAAAGAGUUGCAGAUUUCAAAAAACACGAGGGCAGGAACCCUCGACUGCUGGUGGCAAAGAUGGGACAGGACGGCCAUGACAGAGGAGCCAAAGUCAUCGCCACAGGCUUUGCAGAUCUGGGUUUUGAUGUAGACAUCGGACCGCUGUUUCAGACUCCAGUGGAAGUUGCUCAGCAGGCGGUCGACGCAGAUGUUCACUGCGUUGGAGUCAGCACGCUCGCUGCCGGACACAGGACCCUGGUCCCAGAGCUCAUCAAAGAACUACGGAAGCUCAACAGGCCAGACAUCCUCGUUAUAUGUGGAGGUGUCAUCCCACCACAGGACUAUGAGUUCCUGUAUCACAGUGGUGUGUCUGCCAUCUUUGGUCCAGGAACCAGGAUCCCACAAUCUGCUGUCGAAGUCAUCGACAACAUCGAGAAGAGUCUAGAAAAGAUACGGCAAGCCAUGUAAAAAUAAAACAAAUCUAAAAUGCUUCAUUAGAAAGUGACCUGCAGAAUGAGAAGGUAAAGGACAAAAAGUGCCAUCCCCCUCUGUGGCUUAACCGUUGGAUUAUCAGAGAUGAAUUACUUGUACAUCAGAUUACAUGGAUUAAGUUUAUUUUCUUCUGUUAACAGCAACACUUAAAUCCAAAGAUGUCAUGUCACAUAUUGCAGUAGGAGCUCUUCAACAUCUGUAUUGAGUAAAAUCCUUCAAAUAUCAUCCAAAUGUCUAAACGUGACUAAUAAUUUACAAUAUUUAUAACAGAAAUACAGUUUCUCAUGCAUACCAGGAUUGUCACUCUACAGAAAUUUGGCUUUAGUCACCCCGCUGUAAAACUAAGUGUAGUUUUUGUGUGUAAUUUAAAGUUUGAUAAAUGUCAGUGGAGUGGAGAUUGGUAAAUAAAACUGAUAA